AUGACUUGGAUAGUUUGUAACUGUUCCAGUCGGGGACAACGGACCAGGGUCCAGCAGCAGUCGCUCCAGAGGCACCGACGGUUAUCCGUUUGUCAAUGGUCAGGCUCGGGGCUCGGCUACGGGUCGUCUGGGAGCGUCUCUAGUCCAAGAACGGUGCCUAUCUCGUUCCGUGUGCGUGCGUGUGCCUCAAAUACUGGAGAGCCUCCAGAGCAGGAUCAUAACCACGGCGCUGGUGCUGACGCGAACACUCCUGACAGCUCGAGGAGGAGGAGGAGGAGGUCGCAGCGACGCCACGCAGGUUACGAGGCACACGUUCGCGAGCGUCUCCGUGACUGGCGCGCGUUCCGAAUGCAACUCUUGCGGCGAGAGCUCGAAUACGGUGACGCAUUCGGUACAGUCGAAACUGAAGGGAGUGCACCGGCUGAGUCACCUGAGAACGCUGCGACCGAGAACCGUGCAAGCAAAGCAGGCGAACUGCUUGACCCCAGCUCCUCGACCGGGGACGCACUGCACGCUUCACCGCAGCGUGUGCAGGAGACACCUCGCAUGAAUUCCAUGGAAUGGACUGGUGCUGAUAUCGACAUGCGCUGGGUGCAUCCAGUUACUGCGAUCGAAACCGGCAACAUUCUGGUUGCGUCCCCGAAACAUUUCCUCAAUGAACAGCAGUACUUUGCACAAACAGUGAUUCUCGUUCUGGAGCACGGCAGUGACGGUACAACGGGGGUCAUCAUGAACCGCCGCGCAGCCCAGCGCAUAUCAUUCGUUAGCUCUCUGGCGGGCACCGACCUGGGGCGUGUUUUUGGCAGAGAGGCGCUCUACCUGGGUGGCCCGGUUGGUCUCGAUUCCCUGCUGGUGCUCCAUGAUGAAAGCUCUCUGCUGGCAUCGAACGAUCGUCAGCAGCUGCCGGGGAGCGCAGCUGACGAAGUUGCGUACGAAAUUGUGCCGGGGGGCGUCUAUUGCGGUGGACUUGGUCGCCUUACUGAACUGGCGCGCCGCGGUUCGCUUGCUCGCCCCGAUCGAGUUCGUUUCUUCUGCGGUUACUGUGGCUGGGAACCUGGCCAACUCGAGAGAGAAGUUCACCAAGGCGUAUGGUACGUAGCGUCAGCGUCGGCGGAGCUGAUCUUAGGUCCGCGUGUACCUCCACCGCCUUUUGUUGCAGAGUCACCCGAACGAGACCUGGACGCCAGUACGAGCGCUGGCAAAAGCACUGCAUGGCGUGAACGGUCUCGGUUCUCCUGGAAUAUCUCGAAGCGUCUUGGUGAGUAUCGAGCACAGGCCGUAUCGCAGGGUGCAGAGGGCCCAGUCGCACUGUGGCGAGAGGUCGUCGACAAGCUUGCCAUCUAUCGACGUUUCAUUGAAGGAUUCCCACACACAUCAGACAGUUGA